UUUCUCGCUUCCUUCCCUCUUCUUGCACACAAAUCUCUCUUCUCCUCCUUAUGCUUAAAACAUCUCCACAAGGUCCUUUUGUUUGGAAUUGAAACCAUGAGUCUGUGUAGCGAUGGUUUAUCGAGCGAUCAGUAUUUCUUGGUGAAUUUCAUCAUGAGCAAUUACUUGGGUCCUGAUGUGUAUUCGGAUAACCCAAGAUGUUCAGCUUCUCAAAGAUUAGCCAAAGGUUCACCACCUUACACUUUGAUGCACAUUGGAUCUUCCUCUUUAACUGUUGCGCAGCUGCAGAACUUGUACUAUAAUGUACUGAAAUAUGCAAAGUCCAGCCUUGUUCUCCAUCCAGACAUGAUUUAUAUGUAUCUCAAGGGAUACCUACCUUUGGAACCAAGUGGAAAAUUUCCUCAGUUCACGCAUUUUUUCCCGACGAACCUUCACCCGCAGAAAAGGUAUUCCCCGAGCCAUGAGAUUGUGAAAGGAAUUGUUGUUAUUGAUGAUCCUGCAGUUGCAUUCAUAAACAAGGAGGAACUCCAAAGAUUCAGAUACUUGUCGCGUUUGGACGACCUGAAAAUCGAUAGAGUCGUGUCUUUAUCUCCUCGGGGUGUGAAGCUGGAUGAAAGCCGGGAAACAGAGCUGGACUAUUCAAGAAAUGGGGAAGCGACAACAGCUAAUGGACUUGUACGUAACGAAGACUACAAUUCAUCUGGAGAGCUUCAAGAAACGUGCAAGAAAAAGAAAGGGGAAGAAGCGGUUGCUAGUUGCGUAAUCAGUGAACCAGAAAGACUUUUGGGAGACUUACCAGAAAGCCAGGAAAUGAAGCAGGACUGUUCAAGAAACGGAGAAUUGGCAUUCAAUGGAAUUGUCUCUGACCAAGAAUACUAUUCAUUUGUAGAGCCUCGAGAAACAUGCAAGCGAAAGAACGAGGAAGAAGAAGCAGUUACUGGUCAUGCUGUUUGUGGAAUAAGUAAAACCCCUGAAAGAUUUCGUGAGACAUACAAGAGAAAACGGUUUAAGAACUCAUCAAAAAAGGCAACAAACAAGAAUGGCGAAACUUCUUUGGAACGAGAAAAAACAGAUAAGCCUAUACCUGUUCCUCCUGAGAUGAAGGAAAGCGAUGCAGAACCAUCAGUUGUAACUACCGGAACAGCCAGUAAAGAAACUCUAGGAACAUCUGUUGGUGUCGUCGACAUUGGUGUCAACAAAGUUGCUUACUUUUUUCAGGUUGCUUUGCCCGGUGUCCGCAAAGAUUACGGUGAAUUCAGCUGCGAGAUUGAAUCAGAUGGUAAGGUGAUACUUGAGGGAUCGACUACCACAGGCGAAAAAACGAUCAAGAGGCAUUCUCGGGUUUUUGAAAUGAAUAUCCGGAAGCUGUGUCCUCCUGGACCAUUCAAGCUGUGCUUUAACCUCCCAGGACCAGUUGAUCCGCGUCUAUUAUCUCCUAACUUCCGAUCAGAUGGUAUCUUUGAGGCUGUCAUCAUCAGACACAAAAACUCUUAAUUAAACCGGAGCAAGUUGAGAAUUUUAGGAUCUCUCUAAAUCUUUAUGUUAAUGGACAUAUAUAGAAGGAAGGCGAAUCAAACAGCAUGCAAGGACAAAUCUUUCACUUUUUGGACGUGACUCUAUAGAUUUUGCAUGAUUUUGCUAACUAUAUAUCCGUUUUCGUAAUGAUUUUCAUCAAACUGAGAAUCCGUUAAGACU